AUGGAAGAGAAGGGGCAAUGCCCACCACCAACAUGUGAGGCACACACAGUGACCUCUAUAAACAGGGCACAAGAAGUAAGCAGCAACUUGGCAGUGGAAAUUCCCUUGGAGGAUAGAAAAUGGAAGGAUUUAGAUUGUAAUAUUCUUAAGAUAAUAUUUGAUCAACUGCAUGUCUAUGACUUGUUUGCAAGUGUCUCUUCGGUUUGCCUUUCAUGGAAAUCCACCUGUUGGGACUUAUUGUUCUGGAGUAAUAGUAUGCUUGAAUUGAGUUCUGCUGCAGUCUACCUUCACAAUUUCAAUUUCAUGGACAUAAAAUCAAUGGAAGCGACUGUAUUAUUACUCACCGAAUCCUUUGGCAACUAUAGUCAAUUGGUAGAAGAUGAUUUGAAAGAUGUGCAAUUGAUGAAGUUUUUGAAGAGUUUAAUGGAGGGUAAGGAUGCAUAUGGCAAUUCAUUGGAAAAUUGGAGGCAGUCAAUCCAGACUAUCCUUAUUCCUUCCGAUCUUGAAAUCACAGACCAACAUCUUCUUUACAUUUCAGAGAGAUCCCCUGGUCUCAAGUCUCUAUUCCUAGAAGGAGCAUCUAAGAUAACAGCAAAAGGGUUUGCAGAGGCAAUCCGUAGUUGGAAGUACCUUGAUGUUAUACACCUAGGUGAAUUUGAUGACCAGCACUACACUCAAAUUAUUGAAGAGAUAGGAAUAAAUUGCAAAGGACUUGAAGAACUUCACAUAUCCAAGGUAACUCUUAGCGAGGAUAUUGCACAUGUGCUAGCUAAAAGUUUGCAGAACGUGAAGAAACUGAGGUUUGAAGCUGCUUGGCUAUUCCUUAGUGCAUUAAAGACUGUCCAGGAAAGAUGCCUUCAGCUGGAAGAGAUGCACAUCAGUAAGUGCACCUAUCCCUGUAGGCUACGCCCAGAUUUUACAAUUUGGUUGGGGCCUAUUAGUUUUAGUUUAAUAAGGAAUGUAGGGAUUGGCGACCAGCGGUGCUGGACUAUGGAAAAAUUUACCGACUUUUAG